CUGAAUUAUUCAGUAUUAAUGAUAUUUCGCUCAAACGCCAGGCUGUUCAAAACGGCGCUCACUUGCCCAUCUUUCAUCUCCUCUUCAACUUCUCAUAUCCCCUUUUUUUCUUUGCUCGCUGGAGCUCGAGCGCUAUAGGUGACCCCUAAGCAUGGCAUACGAUUCUCUUGAGCAGGAAGUGUCUGAAGCCCCCACACACAGCAUCUCCGCAAACAUUAACAUUGAGCAUACGCAGCUCAGAGACCUCGUAGCUUGCCCCACUGAGCGAGGAAAGCUUGUUUAUGCCACUGCUCAUGGACUCUCAACUCGGGAUAUUACACGGCCUCAUGAACCCGAGAGACGCUUGACAAAUGUCGGGUUUGCUCCCACUUGUGUUGCAUCAGGGUCUGGUCUCAUAGCCGCUGGCGGCCAACGGGCAGAGAUCUACAUUGCGCCUCUGGACUCCAUGGAAGGAACGACAUCAUUACAUAUCUCCCAACAAUUGCGGGGAUCCAUCAAUAAUUCCAUUUUUAUCACAAACCUCACCAUGGGCGCGUCUCCAUACGAGGCAACCGGACGUUGGAGCGAAUCAACCGGAGUUACCACACCCAGGCUAUUCAUCAGCAACAACGAUCGCUCUUUGAGGGUGUACAAUGUUGCCACGAGGACAGAGGCAAUGCCAUUCGGGAAAAAGAGGCAGCGGCUGAGUAGAGCCGGUUCCACUGAGCUCAAAACUUGCGUUAACCAUGCCUCCAUCUCGCCGGACGGGAGAACGCUUCUCUCUGUGGGAGAUACUGAUGACGUCUUCCUUCACGAUGUGCGGGGAGGUGACACUAUCACAUUUGAACCAAUAGCGACGUACAAAGGUGGUCUCGAUGCGGGCUUUUCAACGACCUGGUCCUCAGAUGGCCUCAAGUUUGCCGUCGCCACUCAGGACGGCCAGGCAAUUAUUUGGGAUAUUCGCUCUUCAGCACCUAUGGCACGGUUCCAUUCCCAGGAAUCCAUACGUCGCAGGCGGCGAGCACGAUCGCCCCAACAGCACCUAUCUAUCCCUGGCGCACCACCUGCUCUAAAUUUCGACUCGUACCCUCACUUGCAGCCAAUAACGGCUCCACUUGCAUCUGGCACAAACUCAUUCUUGAUGUCCCUCACUCCUGGGUAUCACUACUACCAAGAUGCAAGCCACAUUGUUGACACGGGAGUAAGAAGUAUCAAAUUCAGCCCCGGAGGCUCCGGAUCGUGUGAUGGAGGAAGGGAGCUCCUUGUGUUCACUGAGCACAUGAACAAUGUACACGUGGUAGACGCACGCACUUUUAAUACCCACACGGUGCUUCGUGUACCUUCAUCUGUAUCGUGCACGCCACCACCCGUCCCAGAAGCAGCCCCGUCUUCAAAUCAGCAGCAAUCUGAGGAUACCUACUCCCCGUAUGUCGCAGAAGAUGAGAAACCAAACACGACAAUAUCUUCAGACACUCCACUACCCCGCAACCAAUCGCAGCCGCAGUCGGCGAAUGCGACCACAAUCGACGAUACCCUAAUUUGCACAUCUGAUCCUUCUAUCCCCCAGUUACCUUCUUCCGAUCCAUUCACUUCAGUGCACGGCCGUGACAAUUAUCACACUCACCCCCAUCAAUCUCGUCCAUUGUCUCUUUCGCCCUCUGGUGACUUUCCAACGAACCGAACGCGGAGGCACUUUAUCAAUCUUCUCAUGAUGGACCAAGAAGAAGAAGAAGACACGAUACAUGAUGCACACGAGCGACGCAGGCGUGUUGGGCAUGACGUACAUCAUCCAUCUGGUGUGCCUGCCGUUUCCGCUUCUGCUUUCACUAUUCCUGUGAUCAGACGGAACUCUCGGAGUCUCGGCUCUAAUUCCAGGUCAGGAAGUAGCAGUAGUCGAAGUAGCAGCAGUAGUCGUAGCAGUAGCAGUAUUGGGGGAUCGACCAUUGUCCUACCUCCUCCCACGUUUACCGCGUCAACUAUCCCAACCUGGAGGGACUCGUGGGAUGAUGUUGCGCAGAGUAAUAACACAAAAUCAGAGCCUAUGCACUUGUCGGGGUUAUGUUUUGAUAUGAGUGGACGUUAUAUGUAUGUUGGCACUGAGAGGAAUAUCGUCGAGUGGGAUAUGGGUUCUAGGAGGUGGGAUGGUGGCUCGUGGGGUCGAAUUUGGGAAGAGAGUGAGUGGGCUUGAUGUAGCGUAUUCUGUGUAGCGUUACAGCGUUUCUUUCAUUUGGGUGUGUUAUUCCUACUCACUGCCUGCAGAUCUCCUGGCAGUGGCGUAAUUUGAUCCUGCUCUUUCUUUACCCUUGUUUCUGGAUUCCUUUCCUCUCUCUCUCUCGAACCAUCCUGUGAUCGCAACUCCUUGAUACUCAUACACGCAAAUCUGUAUUAGGCAUUAAUGACCUGACUGUCUAACUAUUCUCCGCACUUUUUUUUUCCCUUUAAUACUUUUGGUUACCCGUCAGCUUCAUACUUAGUGUCUCAAUGCAGCACAUUCUGUCUUUCGGUCAACUGAUUUGUUUCAUGAGGCAAUGC